AUGGAAGAACUUACAGCUUUUGUCUCCAAGUCGUUUGAUCAGAAAGUGAAAGAGAAAAAGGAGCUGAUCACAUACAGGGAGGUUCUGGAGAGUGGACCUGUCAGAGGAAGCAAGGAGUCAGGCGGCUCCAGCGAGCCCAGCCGGGAAGACUUGAGCAGCCCAGCGGUCCGAGCAGGAGGAGUAGGCGGCGGCGGUGGAGGAGGCGGAGCGCGGUCUCCAGUCAGAGAGCUGGACAUGGGCGCCGCCGAGAGAGCCAGGGACACGGGCACUCCCAAACUCAGCGAGGGUAAAGGCAAACCUCAUUGGCCAAAUCCCACGCCAGAGCUGGCAAUUCCGGGGAAGGAUUGGUCUGAUUGUUUUGUUUCACGCUCAGUCUCCCCAGAGCUGAAGGAUCGCAAAGAGGAUGCGAAAGUGAUGGAGGACGAAGGGCAGACUAAAAUCAAGCAAAGGAGAAGCCGGACCAAUUUCACUCUGGAGCAGCUGAACGAGCUGGAGAGGCUUUUCGAUGAGACCCACUAUCCGGACGCCUUCAUGCGAGAGGAGCUGAGCCAGAGGCUGGGACUGUCCGAGGCCAGAGUACAGGUCUGGUUUCAAAACAGAAGAGCUAAAUGUAGAAAACAAGAAAAUCAACUUCAUAAAGGAGUUCUUAUAGGAGCAGCCAGUCAAUUUGAAGCUUGCAGAGUUGCACCAUAUGUCAAUGUAGGCGCUUUGAGGAUGCCAUUUCAGCAGGAUAGUCAUUGCAACGUGACGCCCUUGUCCUUUCAGGUUCAGGCCCAGCUGCAGUUGGACAGCGCCGUGGCACACGCACAUCACCACCUCCACCCACACCUGGCCGCUCAUGCCCCCUAUAUGAUGUUCCCUGCGCCGCCCUUCGGCCUGCCAUUGGCCACACUGGCCGCGGAAUCCGCCUCAGCAGCUUCGGUGGUGGCAGCAGCGGCGGCGGCCAAGACCACCAGCAAGAACUCCAGCAUCGCUGACCUCAGACUGAAAGCCAAAAAGCACGCGGCUGCUUUAGGGCUGUGA